GUAUACACAAACAAUUGUCAUAGAUAAAACAACAUAUUUUGAAGAAAAUAUACAUAUAUGUAAAAAAAAUAUGCAUCAACUAUAUCAAUUUGAUAUGAUGAAGGGAACAAUAGGACAGGAACGGUAGGCACUUUUGUGCUCUUAUGCACGCCCCUUAUAGUCCUCUUAGGAAUGGGGGGAGGAUUUAGAUGGAGACAGAGCUAGAGAUGAGUUGUAUUUGCUUGUUUCCAGGUGUCUGUUCCAGGGAUUAGUUGUAUGGAGAAGUUACAUUUGAAAUGUUACAUUAAAAAAAAGAUUUGAAACAUUAUAGUAAAAGAUUGGAAACUUUAGAUUAAAAAAAACUUGGGUAACACUAUACAAUCCUUAUGAGUGUCAAAUGCCUAAAACUAUUUGUCCUGAUUUGUUUGGCUUCCUCCUAAAACUAUAAAUUCAGACAAAUACAUUUUGUACAAACUCUUCAACAAGACUCAGUGUCAUUAAAUACACUAUUUCUUAUUUCUUGGCUAACAGUAUGAUAGGAUGGGCUUAGUUCUUCUGAUAUCAGAAAUUAGUGACGAUAAGGUCGAUGUUUACAGUUCAAGACUUGCCUUCCUCCUCUCUUCUUUGAGCAAGAUUUUCAUUUUCUAAAAAGUUUGCCUUCUUUCAUCUAAUAACUUCAUAACCAUUCCCCAUGCAGCUCCCCCCCCUCAGGUUUCCUGACACUCUACAAAUUCUCCCCGAUCUGAUCUGCAGUCUGCAAUAUUUGGGAGACGGUUGCCAAAAGACUAAAGGUACAAUUGACACUUGGCCACUAACUAAGGCCAUCUCCAAGAUCUACCUAUUUCCACUUGGUAAUAUAGCUUGUCUACUUUUCUACAAUCUUUUACACUAACUGCAAACUGAUUUUUCAUUUUUUUUUACUCUCAGCUGAGAUACUAUUUUUUUUUCUUUUCUGCUGAGAUUUUAAUUUUCAUCUUUUAUUUAUCUGCCAUUUUUUAAUACAUCUGUGGAUUACUAUUUCUACAAGGCAACCUAAGACUCUCAGUUCUGCUUCAACAUUAGCCACAGGAGAGAUCAAAAGGAGAACUGAGAACUCCUAUAGAACUCAGGAGAAAUUUCCUGACAAUGAGAACAAUUAACCAGUGGAACAGCUUGCCCUCAUAACAAUUAACCAGCUUGCUCCAUCUGUGGAAGUUUUUAAGAAGAGACCGGACAGCCAUUUGUCUGAAAUGGUAUAGGGUCUCCUGCUUGAGCAGGAGGCUGGACUAGAAGGCCUCCAAGGCUCCUUCCGACUCUUUUAUUCUGCUAUUCGAUCGCUUCCGUCCCUUUCUCUACCAAACCGCUUUCUCCGAAAAGACGGCAGAGACAGCUUCAAACUCUGCUAUUGAGCAUGCGCGGCUAAACGGAGCAUGCCCACUUUCUCCCAGGAACGGCGGUCGAACAAGGGACAUCGAUGGUUGACGGGAAAAGACAUGGAAGGUAGAAAAAGUCGCUUCAACUGGAGGGGGCUUCCCUUCGCCUUUAUUUUGGGCUUCAUCCUCGCGCUAGCCCCGCCGAUCGCCCAGAGCCGGACGCUCCGCUUCGUUAUUGUGUUGUAUCGGCAUGGAGAUCGCUCUCCCGUAAAGGCAUAUCCCCGAGAUCCCUAUCAGGAAAGCGCCUGGCCCCAAGGAUUUGGACAGCUGUCUCAGGAAGGGAUGCAGCAACAGUGGGACCUGGGCCAAGCUCUUCGUAGGCGUUACGAUGGAUUCCUGAAUGUGUCAUACAAUAGGCAAGAGAUCUUUGUUCGAAGUACAGAUUUUGAUCGAACCUUGAUGAGUGCCGAGGCAAAUCUGGCAGGCCUGUAUCCUCCAGAAGGGGAACAAGUGUUUAAUCCCAAUAUUACUUGGCAGCCUAUUCCUGUACACACUGUGCCUGAUCACAUGGAGAAGCUCUUGCGGUUUCCAUUAUCUUCCUGUCCCCGUUAUGAACAGCUGCAAAAUGAGACCAGGCAGACGCCAGAGUAUGUAAAUAUGACCGUCCAGAAUAUGGAAUUCUUGAAAAUGGUGGCAAACAUGACAGGAAUUCAGGAUGUUUCCCUUGAAUCUAUCUGGAGUGUGCAUGAUGCACUCUUCUGUGAGUCAACGCACAAAAUGCAUCUUCCAGCAUGGGUAACUCCUGUGGUGAUGGCCAAACUGAAGGAGUUAAAAGAUUACAGUUUUAAUGUCCUUUUUGGCAUCCAUAGACAAGUGGAGAAAGCUCGUCUGCAGGGCGGAGUUCUUUUGUCUCAAAUAAGGAAGAAUCUUACAUUAGCUACAAACAACUCAGUACCUCACCAUCUCAAAAUGAUUAUGUACUCAGCGCAUGACACCACUCUUGCGGCACUGCAGACAGCUCUGAAUAUUUACAAUGGGAAGCAACCGCCCUAUGCUUCAUGUCAUAUAUUUGAACUGCACCAAGAAGAUGACGGUAACUUUACAGUGGAGAUGUUCUUUCGGAAUGAGAGUCAGAAGGAGCCUUAUGUAUUGCAGCUUCCCAACUGUAAACAGCACUGUCCCCUGCCACAAUUCCUGAAACUUACAGAGCCAGUUAUUUCAAAGGACUGGAAACAGGAAUGUCAGAUAAUAAAUGCAUGGAACGACACAGAACUUAUUGUGACUUUGGCUGUCUGUGGAUCUCUCCUGUUCUUACUUAUCAUUCUGCUCCUGACAGUACUCUUCCGUGUGAAGUCCCAGCCUCUUGGCUACAGCCAUCUUUCCAAUGAAGGAGAGGAACAGCCUUGACAAUUGCUUCAGCCCCUCCUGAGGCAGCAAGAGGAAACAGAGCUGAUCUCAGGGACAAAUGGGGCCUCAUUCAAUGACUAAACAUCUUAUUGAUUUUGAUUUUUGAAGCAGAAGAGUUGACAGUGGAGCUGUUGCAACUAGCAGAUGCAUUCUAUCUAACACAGCAUAAUGCAGUUAGUUGCUAGGAGUAAAAUGCCAACGUAGUCUUAGAUUGAUUUCUCAGUGCAUGACUAGUUCAACAAGAAGGUUAUGCCUUUCUUUCUCUGAACUCAAUAUCCUGUCUUAAUGGUUUAAAAAUGGCACAGAAAAGUGGCCCACUGCUCCUUAAAAAGCCUUCAGUCUAGUAGCUGCCACUUGUACCUGUCUUCUAUACUGUGACAGCGGCGUGAUACUAAACCAGCAAUAACCAAUUGCUUCCACUGAGUCAGUAAUUCAGAACAAAUAAUGGUUUCUAUCAUAGAAAACAGCCAUAGGAAGAAAUCUUAAAUUCACUCAACAGAGAUUGCCAUAAUGGGAAUCACUUCCAAGUCAACACAAACAGAAUUGUGCUAUAUGUACUUUACUCAGUCUUUAGAUACUCAAAACAUAGGACAAGUGACAAUAUAACAAUAUAACAACAGAGUUGUAAGGGACCUUGGAGGCCUUCUAGUCCAACCCCCUGCCCAGGCAGGAAACCCUACACCAUCUCAGACAGAUGGUUAUCCAACAUUUUCUUAAAAAUUUCCAGUGUUGGAGCAUUCACAACUUCUGCAGGCAAGUUGUUCCACUUAUUAAUUGUUCUAACUGUCAGGAAAUUUCUCCUUAGUUCUAAGUUGCUUCUUUCCUUGAUUAGUUUCCACCCAUUGCUUCUUGUUCUACCCUCAGAUGCUUUGGAGAACAGCCCGACUCCCUCUUCUUUGUGGCAACCCCUGAGAUAUUGGAAGACAUUAAAUUCCUCCCUGCCCUCUGUAAUAGGAAAGGGAUUGAUCAAAUUUAUGUAUUCUAGCCAUUACUUACAUACCUAUGGUACACAUCAUGCACAGCAUUCUGGACAAGAAGAAUGUAAAAAGAACAUGUGCUUUAAGACACAUGCUCAAACAUUCAAAAGUCUUAUUCAAAUAUCUGUGGUAGAAAUAUUUAUGUCUCUGGUUUUACAUUCCUAAACUUCAUUUUGAAACAUGCUGCUGAAGUUAAAGACCAGAUAACUUUUAACUUAGCAGGAUCUAUUGUUAUGUAAUAUACACGGUCCUAUAUAUUUGGGAGAUCAGCAGCUCCCAAACCUUUCCUAGUGCUCAUUCCAUUCCACUGAUGCUGGUGCUAUACAUUUUCUCUUGGCUCUUGCUUAAACCCUUUAACUUUUGGCCCGGUUUUUUUUCCCCUUCACUGAUUGCGCUUCACCUCAAAUUGUAUAUGCCUUCUUUACACAAUGAAAUGCAGCAUAGAUGUCUUUCUUAUUCCUCUCCAUGAAGAGAAAAAUAUUACACGUACUACCUCAUCAAAAAUAUUA